AUGCCCGCUGGCCGCGCGCAGCUGCCGCGCUCGGAUAAGGAUACCACGGACCUCCGCGCGCGCGAGCAGGAGUGGAAGCGCUCGCGCGGCGCGAUCUCGUGCGCCGAGUGCAGACGGCUGAAGCUCAAGUGCGACAAGACCGUGCCGUGCACGUCGUGCAAGCGGCGCGGCUGCGCGUCUAUCUGUCCCAACGGUGCCCUCGUCACAGGCCAAGGCACACGAUUCGUCCUCGCCGACACCGACCGCCUGCACUCAAAAAUAACAGACAUGUCCGACCGCAUCCGCCAGCUGGAGGACGCCCUCGCGCUCUCGCACUUUCACGUCACCCGCGAGCAGCACCCGCUGUUGCGCCGCGACCUCAUGAAAAUCAAGUCGAUUAUAGACCUCCACGUUGCGGCCGGAGGCGACGCGGUACAAGACUUGGAUCGUCCAGAGGCCGAAAAAACGCAUGAGGAGGCCGACGAGAGCACGGCGCUCGAUAUUUUUGGGACGCUCGCGCUGCACGACGAUGGCGGCUCGACGUUCUAUGGCCGGUCCGCGGGCCAGGAGAACGAAUCGCCGGAAAGCCCAAAUCAUGAUCCCUCGCGGCCGUCGACGGCCGUCACUAGCGCGGGCUCGCCCUCCGACCUCCCCUACACGAUCCAGGAGAUCUCCAACGCGUUCCCAGACGCGUCGAUCCGCCUCCCUCAAUACGCCCUCGAAGCCUAUCUCCCGCCCUGGCCCCGCGCCUCGGAGCUCUGCGCUUAUUACCUCGAACAGGCGCCCUGGUUCUUCGGCGCCGUAAAACCCAGGCAACUGUACGAAGAGCUCCUCCCGCUGUUCUACCCGCAGGCCACGUCCCCGCCGAAUGCGCCGCUCGGCACGCCGCCCCCCGCGCCGGGCCCACACGAGCUCGCGCUGAUGUUCGCGAUCUACUGCUUUGGCGCGCUCGUGGACGAGCAGCUGCCGCCUGCGCCGGGGAACGCGGAGGCGGAUCGGUACUACAUGCUGACGAGGGCGGCGCUCGCGCUCCAGCCGGUAAUGGACCGCGCGCCGAGCGUGAGCACGGUGCAGGCUUUGAGCUUGAUGGCUAUCUAUCAGGGCUUGGUCGCGAACGAGCACAGUAUUGAGAGCACUUGGGCGUUGAUGGGGAUGGCGUCGAAGUUGGCACAGAGCGUGAAUCGCGAUUGUGCACGAUGGAAGCUGUCCCCCGCCGAGGUGCAGAAGCGUCGGGCGCUGUUUUGGGAGCUGUUCAUCACGGACUGUUGGCAGAGCCUCGCCACGGGACGGCUGCCGACGUUCUCGAUCCCGUUCGUGGACUGUGAGCUGCCGCAGGAUGCGGACCAGACUAUGGCCGCUGACGGGACGCCGCAGGCUUCUUUCCCGUAUUGGAAGGCGCAGUUCGGCAAGCUGUGCGUGUCGGAGGUCGUGCAGGGCAUCUUGACGGCGCGCGCGCCCAAGUACUCCAUCAUUGUCGAGCUCGACCGCAAGGUGCGCGACCUCGAGCUGCCGCGAUACGCGGUCGACCCGCCCGUGCCGGGCUGCGGCUUGAACGUGACGAUGCAGCACUACAUGCCAACGAACUACCGGCACCUCACGCUGCUGUACAUCCACCGGGCGUUCUUCGCGCAGGGCCUGUGCGACCAGCCGCAAGACCCGCUAAGGAGCCCGUACGCGCCGUCGAUACUGGCGGGGUACCGCAGCGCGUGCGAGCUGCUGGCGUCGCUUGGGGAGCAGUUUGCGCUGUUCCCGGUGCAGAUCGCAAGGUUUUGGGUGCUGUGGACACAUGCGUUUUCUGCUACGGCGACGGGGGAAAGAACGACGCUCGAUGCUGAUGCGAGUUGGGCGCUGGGGCGACAGGUCAUGCUCGCGCUGAUCCCCGUGCGUGCGCCGCAAUCGAAGAUGGCGCACACGGCCCUGAUGGAGCUGAAGGGCGCGUGCGAGCUGUUCGAGAGGGCGUCGGUGCACGGCGGGCGGGCGGUGAAAAUGCUGCCGAUCGUGCGGCGGCACCUGCAAAAGGCGGCGCACAGCUUCAACGUCGCGCGCGUGGCGGUCGCGCGCGAGCCGUUUGGGUUCGCGCCCGUCGCCACUGCGCGGGGGGACGAGUUUUCGGUGUUUUCGGGCGUGACGAAUACGGUGGCGGCGCGCUCGAGCGCGAGCGCGAGGACGCAGCAGCAGCAGCAGCAGCAGCAGGAGAUGCUCAUGAUGCAUGCGGCGGGGUAUGGGUCGCAGCAGGAGGAUGAGCAAAUGCAAGAGACGUGGGACGGCGCGCACGCGACGCUCGUCGACCAGUAUCAGGCGUUCGACGGCGCGCUGGAUGCGCAGAUCAGCAGCAACAAUGGGUGGCAGCUUGGGUACAGCGAUACCAGCGGGCUUGGAGGCGGGGAGCUGGGCGGAGGCUUCGAGGCGCAGGAGCAUGCUGGUUAUUCGUAUGCGUCGCAGCAGCACGAUGUGCAGCAGCAGCAGCAGCAGCAUCAGCACGAUCAGCACGAUCAGCAGCAUCAGCACCAACAGCAGCACCAACAGCACCAGCAGCAGUACCCGCAGCAGUACAACCAGCAACAAUUCGUGCAAGCA